AUGGAGGCCACAUACAUUGUGGAUUGUGGGCAUCACACCCUCAAGUACGCCGGGCUCUCAAAGCGGAACCGGAAGGCCGUGCAAGUGCUCAUCAAAGAGCGCCGGAGUGAGUGCAAUGCCUAUGUGACCGAUGAGGAGCGGUUUCGACAGUGCGUACCUCAGCUGCUCUCCGGAGAAUUGCGCAGUGACGAAGACCUGACGCUCAUACUGUUGCUGGAUACCCACCACUCGCAGAAAUCGAAGGCGACGCUGCUAUACGCGUGUUUCGAGCAAUUUGGAUGCAAGAAGGUUUGUCUUCACUACACCGCCUGCACAGGGCUCUACGCAGCUGGCGAAACCUCCGGGGUAGUGGUGGACCUUGGCUACGCCGGGGUUCAGCUCACUUCAGUACAUAAGGGCGCCGUGCAAACGGCCAUAUCGACGAGACUUUCUUCUGUCGGCACUCGGAGCCUCGACGACGAGCUGCACAGGCUGCUGCACGGCAGCGCGACGGAGGAGACACUUCGACUCGUCAAGACGCACUGCUGCUCAUUGACGGAGCGCGACGAGAUGGUACCGGAGCUGACGCUGCCGGACGGGUCGGUGUUCCCGCACGAUGAUCUGAAGAGGAAUGAGCUUCACAGAGUCACCAAGGCGCUUCUUUACUCCACCACGUCCUCCGUUCCAGAAACUUUGCGCAUGGUUUACCAGAAGCACUCGAUUCGUUUCUCCGACUCCACCUCGUGGGUGCAGCUGGGCGGUGGCUCACUGAUCAGUGGGGUGGACGAGGCGCUCACGAGAGCAAUGGCCCAUCCACUUUGCCGCCACUCGGCAAAGCAGCUUCACUUGAAGGACGUCACGCAUGCCCCAGUCAGCGGCGGCAUCAUCCUAUCGCAGCUCAACGUCUUCAAGAGCAUGUGUAUUGGCGUGGCCGACUACGAGGAGUACGGCCCUGACGGCUGUCUCCACAUGCAGGUCGUGGACGCCAGGUGA